GCGUCGACGUCUGAGGAGACGCGCCGCGUCCCCGUCCUCGGUCCGGCGUCCCCAUCCUGUCGGAGGCUUCUGGGCUGCGAGGCCCGGAGAGAGGCUCAUCGAGGCCGCUUGGGAGGAACCGGGGCUGCCGGCGAGCCCGUCGCCACCCGCCCCGCGCCAUGUCGUGGAUGUUUAAGAGGGAUCCUGUUUGGAAGUACUUGCAGACUGUCCAGUAUGGUGUCCAUGGAAAUUUUCCACGCCUCUCAUAUCCAACUUUCUUUCCACGGUUUGAAUUUCAAGAUAUUAUUCCUCCAGAUGACUUCCUAACCAGCGAUGAAGAGCUAGAUUCAGUUUUAUUUGGAACAUUGAGAGGUCAUGUGGUUGGGCUACGCUAUUACACUGGAGUAGUUAAUAAUAAUGAAAUGGUUGCAUUACAACGAGAGCCCAAUAACCCGUAUGAUAAGAAUGCGAUCAAAGUGAAUAAUGUGAAUGGAAAUCAGGUUGGCCAUUUAAAGAAAGAUCUUGCAGCUGCUUUGGCCUCUAUCAUGGACAACAAAUUGGCACAAGUGGAAGGGGUAGUUCCUUUUGGUGCAAACAACGCUUUUACCAUGCCCUUGCAUAUGACUUUUUGGGGAAAAGAAGAAAAUAGAAAAGCAGUUUUGGAUCAGUUGAAGAAACAUGGAUUUAAACUGGGUCCAGCACCAAAAACUUUAGGAUUCAGUUUGGAAAGUGGUUGGAACUCUGGAAGAGCUGGACCAAGCUAUAGUAUGCCAGUUCAUGCUGCAGUACAGAUGACAACUGAACAGCUUAAAACAGAAUUUGACAAAUUGUUUGAAGAUUUAAAAGAAGAUGAUAAAACUCAUGAGAUGGAACCAGCUGAGGCUGUUGAAACACCGUUGCUUCCCCAUCAGAAACAAGCUCUGUCUUGGAUGAUUUCAAGAGAAAACAGUAAAGACCUUCCACCAUUCUGGGAACAGAGAAAUGACUUAUACUACAACACCAUAACAAAUUUUUCUGAGAAGGACCGACCAGAGAACGUCCAUGGAGGGAUUUUAGCUGAUGAUAUGGGUUUGGGUAAAACUCUAACAGCCAUUGCAGUAAUUCUUACCAACUUCCAUGAUGGCAGCCCUCUUCCUGUUGAAAGAGUUAAAAAGAAUCAACAGAAGAAGCUGAUGAAGGAAAUACUGCCUUUCACCCAGGAGCAUAAAGACUAUACUGUGAACAGUGCCCCUGUGAAACUUGGAAGGGACUGUACCAGAGGAGAGGCAGAUGGGCUGAGCAAAGUAGAAGGACCCAGAUGUAGUGAAGCACCAAGUAUUUCAAAUAUCAAGAAGAAAAAGCCUCCUAUGUCAGAACCCUCCAGCUCCCGCCCCAAAAGAAGAAAAACUGUGGUUCAGUACAUUGAAAGCAGCGAUUCAGAGGAGGCUGAGACAAGUGAGUUACCCCAGAAAAUGAAAGGCAAACUAAAACAUGUACAGUCAGAGACUAGAAGUAGGGUAAAAGCAGGAUCAUCUAAGGUUAAAGAAGAUAUAGCAUUCAAUUGUGCACUUACAUCAUCUACCCCGACAACAAAAAAGAAAAUGUUAAAAAAGGGAGGAUCUGCAGUGGUGGGUUCAAAAAAGUCUGAGAUUGAAGAGCGACCUCGAACAACUCUGAUCAUCUGCCCACUUUCUGUAUUAAGCAACUGGAUUGAUCAGUUUGGACAGCAUAUAAAGUCAGAAGUGCACUUGAAUUUUUAUGUUUAUUAUGGGCCCGAUCGUAUUAGAGACCCAGCUUUGCUUUCAAAACAGGAUAUUGUUUUGACUACAUACAACAUUUUAACUCAUGACUAUGGAACCAAAGGCGACAGUCCGUUGCACAGCAUAAGGUGGCUUAGGGUGAUCUUGGAUGAAGGACAUGCCAUACGAAAUCCAAAUGCUCAGCAGACAAAAGCUGUACUUGAUUUAGAAGCAGAAAGAAGAUGGGUAUUGACAGGUACUCCUAUCCAGAAUUCUUUAAAGGAUCUGUGGUCUCUUCUCUCCUUUUUAAAACUGAAGCCAUUUCUUGAUAGAGAAUGGUGGCAUAGAACAAUUCAGCGUCCUGUAACAAUGGGAGAUGAAGGAGGACUUAGGCGUUUACAGUCCCUAAUUAAAAAUAUCACACUUAGAAGAACAAAGACAAGCAAAAUUAAAGGAAAGCCUGUUUUGGAACUCCCAGAACGUAAAGUAUUUAUUCAGCAUAUCACACUUUCAGAUGAAGAGAGACAGAUUUAUCAGUCUGUGAAAAAUGAAGGCAAAGCUACGAUUGGAAGGUAUUUCAACGAAGGGACCGUCUUGGCGCACUAUGCGGAUGUCCUGGGUCUUUUGCUCAGACUGCGGCAGAUUUGCUGUCACACUCACCUUCUUACAAAUGCUGGGUCUGCUAGUGGCCCCUCAGCCUUUUCUCUAGGGAACGAUACACCUGAAGAAUUGAGAAAGAAGUUAAUAAGGAAGAUGAAAUUAAUUCUGAGCUCAGGUUCAGAUGAAGAAUGUGCAAUUUGCUUGGAUUCCUUAACAGUUCCUGUGAUAACACACUGUGCACACGUGUUCUGUAAGCCUUGUAUUUGCCAAGUCAUUCAGAAUGAGCAGCCGCAUGCAAAGUGCCCAUUAUGCAGACAUGACAUACAUGGGGACAGUCUCUUAGAAUGCCCUCCUGAAGAACUGGCAUGCGACAGUGAGAGGAAGUCCAGCACGGAAUGGACAUCUAGUUCUAAGAUUAAUGCUCUAAUGCAUGCUUUGAUUGAGUUAAGAACAAAGAAUCCCAACAUUAAAAGUUUGGUUGUUUCUCAGUUUACUACAUUCCUGUCUUUAAUAGAAACACCAUUAAAAGCCUCAGGAUUUGUGUUUACACGUUUGGAUGGUUCCAUGGCCCAAAAGAAAAGAGUUGAAUCAAUUCAGUGUUUUCAAAACACAGAAGAAGGCUCUCCAACUGUAAUGCUGCUGUCCUUAAAAGCGGGUGGAGUUGGUUUGAAUCUUUGUGCAGCUUCUCGAGUGUUUUUAAUGGAUCCAGCCUGGAACCCUGCUGCGGAAGACCAGUGCUUUGACAGAUGCCACAGGCUGGGCCAGAAGCAAGAGGUCAUCAUCACAAAAUUCAUUGUGAAGGAUUCUGUUGAAGAAAAUAUGCUGAAAAUACAAAACACAAAACGAGAACUUGCAGCUGGAGCUUUUGGGACAAAGAAAACAAAUGCUAACGAAACGAAACAAGCUAAAAUUAACGAAAUCAGAACUUUAAUUGAUUUAUAAUUUGUGGGAUUUUUGUAAGAAGACUACUGUUUGUGCAAGGCGGGAUGUCUGGACGGAAGUUGAGCUGGAUGCCCUCCCCAAGUCCUUUCACCUCCUAAAGACCUCUGAAUGGAAACAUUGCUUUGUGUGUUUAGAGCCAAUUUAAUUUGGAACUUCAGUAACUCAUCCUCACCAUUUUCUUACUUUGUUGUUGUUGUUGUUGUUAAUAAGCAAACAGUAUUUGCCACAGAAUUCAAGAUGACUCUGAGUCAUUAUUAAAACAAUUAGAAAUUUAGCAAUCAAGUUAGGUAAUCAGUGGUUUCUUGAGGGGACAUUUUUUUAAAGCGCAGAAACUAAGUACUAUAAUAAGAGAUGCUUUCUAGCUUGAUGACACCGACUUCAGCACACCUUCAAUGUUACUUCCAGCGGUAGAGACAGGUAAGAGAUUGGAGGCACACAGGUGGGUCUCCCACGGUGGGUCCUGCCCGAGCCCUGCUGCCCACGAGCGUGGUGGGCAGUCCAGCAACCCUCAGGUGCUUUCCCCAGAGGCAGAGGGGCCUUCUGGUUGUUAAGUCAAGACCAAGACCUUUCUGCAGGGUGAGGAGUCUAGCUUGGGAUGGUCUAGCAUGAGAAGCCCCCGGGAAGUUCUUUCCCUUGUAGGUCCAGCAUUGCACAAAAACUCAGAUCAGUUUCAUUGGAGUGCCAUGUGUGUUCUCUGGAUACUGGUACUCCAGUGAGAUUAAGGAUAAACAGGCGUUAAGGAAAACCCCCCACAAUCUACUCUGCUUGGUUACAAAGGUCAUCCCAUUGACACCAGUGUGUUUUUAAACACAUUCAUAAGUUUGACAAGUCAUCUAAAUUUACCUUUUGUUUUUGUACAGUUAAGUGCUGUUAAAUAGAAAUUUCAGUUUAUCUUAAAAUAUAUAAACCACUGGAAUGAAAACUUCACUUUAUGCUAUGCUGUUAAUUGUUUUAUUGCAUAGAAUAAUAGCUUUAGAAAUACAUUGGAAACAUUGUAAUCUCAAUUGUGGUUCAAACUGAAUUUUGUGGUUUAAACUGGAUUUUGUUUUAAAGUCAAUAAAAACUUCAAAAAAUUA